UAUUUGCAGCAGAGACAGUCUCUGUAUGUGCAAUUAGGAAAUGUAACUUUUUUUUUUUUUCCUCUUGACUUUUUUAGCUGCCUCACCCAUUUUAUUUGAACACAUACAUAUGGUGUGUGAGGGUGAGCAAGCUCUCUGUAAAUGUUUGGAAGGAGCAUCUGUCAGACAAUAAAACUUACAAGCAAACAUGCUUCUCAUUUAAAGUGUAUUCACUAGAACUAUUCCAGCGUUGGAAUCAGUUCAUUUGUAUAGCUUGGAGGCAUUAAUCAGAGCAGAGAACUGUAAAGGCACCAGAAAACUCAAACUGUUGCUAAGGAUCCAAGGUAUUUUUUUAAAGCAUUUCGUCUAUUCAGCAUCACAGUCUUCUGAUAGGAACCUGGACCAGUUGACAGGCAGGAAACCUCUAAUAGUGCACCCGAAAAGCCUGCAAACAAGAAGAUGGCAUGAUUUUUGCAAACCUGGAAAGUGUAAAGAUUGCAAUAAUUGUUGGACCAAAGGGACCCUCUUCAGGCAUAAAUAGCAAGGCUCCUACUGUCUUCUCUUGCAGAGCAACUCGGCUGCCAGCAAAAGCAGGUGCUCUCCCCCUACCAGUGCUCCAGAGGAAAUAUUUAGGAAUGGAAAACCUGACGUUUGUCUACCGCUCCUGUAAAGUUAUCUGGACGUUACUUGUAACAAUACUAGGUUAUGCCAGCAGCUUGCCUGUGGGUGAUGAUUCUAUUUGCACAACGGAGGAACUUGCUAAAUACAGCAUAAUCUUCACAGGGAAAUGGAGUCAGACUGCUUUCCCUAAGCAGUACCCACUUUAUAGGCCCCCAGCACAGUGGUCAUCAUUGCUAGGUGUUACUCAUAGUUCUGACUACAGCAUGUGGAAAAAAAAUGAAUAUGCCAGCAAUGGUGUCCGUGAUUUUGCUGAAAAGGGUGAAGCAUGGGUAUUAAUGAAAGAAAUAGAAGAAGCUGGUGAGAAAAUUCAGAGUGUGCAUGGAAUCUUCUCUGCUCCUGCCAUUCCCAGCGGUACAGGACAAACCUCUACUGAAUUAGAAGUGCAUCCAAGACAUCCCUUAGUUUCAUUUGUGGUACGAAUUGUUCCAAGCCCCGACUGGUUUGUGGGUAUUGACAGCCUGAGUCUCUGUGAAGGAAACCACUGGAUGGAAGAAGUAUCAGUAGACCUAUUUCCAUAUGAUGCUGGAACUGACAGUGGUUUCACAUUUUCCUCCCCAAACUUUGCCACUAUUCCACAGGACACAGUUACAGAGAUAACUUGCUCCUCUCCAAGCCACCCAGCAAACUCAUUUUAUUAUCCCAAACUCAAGAUUUUGCCACCUAUUGCUCAAGUAACGAUGGUGAAAUUGAAGAAAACCCAGCUGGGUCUUUCUGCACCUUUUAUUAAUCCUCCAGCUAAAAGCAAUGAAGUAAUAGACUCUGUCUUAGAAACACCACUGGACUGUGAGGUUUCACAAUGGUCUUCCUGGGGUCUCUGUAAAGGUAUUUGCAGAAAGACAGGGACCAAGAUCAGAACUCGUUUUGUACUUCUUCAACCUGCCAACAAUGGAAUGCCUUGUCCAAAUCUGGAUGAAGAAAUAGGAUGUGAACCGGAGAAUUGUAUCUGAAAUAAAGAAAAGAUAAUAAUUUAGUUAAUUUAAAAGUAGAAUAAAUUUAACUAAAUCUCUACAUGUCAGUCAAUGUUCCUUAUAAUUCGGGUAUGCUGCAUUAUUUUGCUGGAAAGGUGUAUUAAGACUGAUUUUGAAAGCUGUUGUUUAAUAUCAAGAUUUUGAAGGGUUAAAUUCCUAGGGUUUAGUGUGACAAAAGUACUUUAUCAUUUACAGACCAAAAACCCCAAAUAGAUCCUUGUUAUAAAUAUACUGUAAGUUCUUGGAGUACCCUCUAGUGGCAGAAAAUAAGACAUUUGGAAUUAUACUUCACGCAUGUAAAAAUCUUUCAGUCACAAAAUAUAAACUAUAACGUUCUUAAAUACUAUAAUUUGUUGUUCUACAGCUAUUUAUACCUAGACAUUAAUUUUGUCUCUAAAUUAUGUUUUUAUAAUUUAUUGGCAUUGUUGUCGUCUUUCUAAACGAUGUGUUUAACGUGCAUUUCUUCAGAAACUACCUACAUAAAUCAGAAUGAUCAGAUGUUUGCAGUGUGGUUAAGACAAUAGUAUAACUGAGUAAGCUUGUCUUGAGACUUAGGAAUAUAUGAAAAUAUCUUUUUCUCUCAAGAAUGCGAAGAAUAUCUGUUAUGAGGACAUUCGGCCAACAAAAUUACUAGAAAAAUCAGAAGUGUGGAUACUAGUAGCUAACCUCUGAACUUAAUUAAAAGUGUUACCUGAGAUUUAAAACCUAACUGAUUGUUGGUGUGUGUCCCUUAUAAGACAACUAUCUCAAAGUUAACACUGUUGACCAUACCAUAAAUUAUAUCAUCUUUAUAUAUUCA